AUGAAGGCUGGCCUGAGCCCAAAACACAAGGGGGCACGGUAACCAGACUGGUCCGUAAGGGUUCCAGGAAGGAAUGCAGUUUCAAGAGAACAGUUUGAAUCUUUAUUCGAAUUUGAGUUUUGGUACAAUGAAGAGAGUCAACUGCAACUUGACAAUCGAAAUCUUCAGAAAAGCGACACAAAUACGUUCGCCUCAAGGAAUAUUGGGUCUUCUGCGCGGCCGUAGAGCUCCUCCAAGUGCGCCUGCGCGGAAGAGAAGCGGCGUCGAGUCCGGCCGGGCAGUAGAGGAAAUUGCGGUAGUGACCCUCGGACCUCGCCAUGAAGACCCGCUUUAGCACCAUUGACCUCCGCGCCGUACUCGCGGAGCUGAAUGCUAGCUUGCUAGGAAUGAGAGUAAACAAUGUUUAUGAUGUGGAUAAUAAGACAUACCUUAUUCGUCUUCAAAAACCAGACUUCAAAGCUACACUUUUACUUGAAUCUGGCAUACGAAUUCAUACAACAGAAUUUGAGUGGCCUAAGAAUAUGAUGCCGUCUAGUUUUGCCAUGAAGUGCCGAAAACAUUUGAAGAGUCGGAGAUUAGUCAGUGCAAAACAGCUUGGUGUGGAUAGAAUUGUAGAUUUUCAAUUUGGAAGUGAUGAAGCUGCUUAUCAUUUAAUCAUUGAGCUCUAUGAUAGGGGGAACAUUGUUCUUACAGAUUAUGAGUACGUAAUUUUAAAUAUUCUAAGGUUUCGAACUGAUGAGGCAGAUGAUGUUAAAUUUGCUGUUCGUGAACGCUAUCCACUUGAUCAUGCUAGAGCUGCUGAACCUUUGCUUACUUUGGAAAGGUUGACUGAAAUAGUAGCCAGCGCACCUAAGGGUGAACUACUGAAGAGGGUGCUUAACCCAUUACUUCCCUAUGGACCAGCUCUCAUUGAACACUGUCUUAUAGAAAAUGGAUUCUCGGGUAAUGUCAAAGUGGAUGAAAAACUUGAAACUAAAGAUAUUGAAAAAGUACUUGUUUCUCUGCAGAAAGCAGAAGACUAUAUGAAAACAACAUCCAACUUCAGUGGGAAGGGAUAUAUCAUUCAGAAAAGAGAAAUAAAACCAAGCUUGGAAGCAGAUAAACCAGUUGAAGAUAUACUCACGUAUGAGGAAUUUCAUCCUUUCUUGUUUUCUCAACAUUCACAAUGUCCAUAUAUAGAAUUUGAAUCAUUUGACAAGGCCGUGGAUGAAUUUUAUUCCAAGAUAGAAGGCCAGAAAAUUGACUUAAAAGCUUUACAACAGGAAAAGCAAGCAUUGAAGAAAUUAGAUAAUGUUCGAAAGGAUCACGAAAACAGAUUGGAAGCUCUUCAGCAGGCUCAGGAAAUAGACAAACUGAAAGGAGAGCUCAUAGAAAUGAACCUACAAAUAGUUGACAGAGCCAUUCAGGUAGUUCGAAGUGCUUUAGCUAACCAGAUAGAUUGGACAGAAAUUGGGUUAAUUGUGAAAGAAGCCCAGGCUCAAGGAGACCCUGUUGCAAGUGCAAUCAAAGAAUUAAAACUACAAACAAACCAUGUUACAAUGCUGCUAAGAAAUCCAUACUUGUUAUCAGAGGAGGAAGAUGAUGAUGUUGAUGAUGACGUCAAUGUUGAGAAAAAUGAAACUGAACCACCAAAAGGAAAAAAGAAAAAACAAAAGAGUAAACAGUUGCAGAAGCCUCAGAAAAAUAAGCCCUUACUUGUAGAUGUUGAUCUCAGCUUGUCAGCAUAUGCCAAUGCCAAAAAGUAUUAUGAUCACAAGAGAUAUGCUGCUAAGAAAACACAAAAGACUGUUGAAGCUGCUGAGAAGGCAUUCAAAUCAGCAGAAAAGAAAACAAAGCAAACAUUAAAAGAAGUUCAGACUGUUACCUCUAUACAAAAAGCAAGAAAAGUAUAUUGGUUUGAGAAAUUUCUAUGGUUCAUUAGCUCAGAGAACUAUCUAAUUAUAGGUGGACGAGAUCAGCAACAGAAUGAAAUAAUUGUGAAAAGAUACUUGACACCAGGAGACAUUUAUGUACAUGCUGAUCUUCAUGGAGCUACUAGCUGUGUAAUUAAGAAUCCAACAGGAGAACCCAUCCCCCCACGGACCUUGACUGAAGCUGGCACAAUGGCACUUUGCUACAGUGCUGCUUGGGAUGCACGAGUUAUCACUAGUGCUUGGUGGGUGUACCAUCAUCAGGUAUCUAAAACAGCACCAACUGGAGAAUAUUUGACAACAGGAAGCUUCAUGAUAAGAGGAAAAAAGAAUUUUCUUCCUCCCUCAUAUCUAAUGAUGGGGUUUAGCUUCCUUUUUAAGGUAGAUGAGUCUUGUGUUUGGAGACAUCGGGGUGAACGAAAAGUCAGAGUACAGGAUGAAGACAUGGAGACACUGGCAAGUUGCACAAGUGAACUCAUAUCAGAGGAAAUGGAACAAUUAGAUGGAGGUGACACUAGCAGUGAUGAGGAUAAAGAAGAACAUGAAACUCCUCCUGUGGAAGUAGAACUCGUGACUCAGGUUGACCAAGAGGAUAUCACUCUUCAGAGUGGUAGAGAUGAACUAAAUGAGGAGCUCAUUCAGGAAGAAAGCUCUGAAGAUGAAGGAGAAUAUGAAGAGGUUAGAAAAGAUCAGGAUUCUGUUGGUGAAAUGAAGGAUGAAGGGGAAGAGACAUUAAAUUAUCCUGAUACUACCAUUGACUUGUCUCACCUUCAACCCCAAAGGUCCAUCCAGAAAUUGGCUUCAAAAGAGGAAUCUUCUAAUUCUAGUGACAGUAAAUCACAGAGCCGGAGACAUUUGUCAGCCAAGGAAAGAAGGGAAAUGAAAAAGAAAAAACUUCCAAGUGACUCAGGAGAUUUGGAAGUGUUAGAGGGAAAGGAUAAAGAAAAAGAAAGUACUAUACACAUUGAAACUCAUCAGAACACAAGCAAAAAUGUUGCAGCUGUGCAGCCAAUAAAACGAGGACAAAAGAGUAAAAUGAAAAAAAUGAAAGAAAAAUACAAAGACCAGGAUGAAGAAGACCGUGAACUUAUCAUGAAAUUGCUGGGGUCUGCAGGUUCAAACAAAGAAGAAAAAGGGAAGAAGGGGAAGAAAGGAAAAACAAAGGACGAACCUGUGAAGAAACAGCCCCAGAAACCCAGAGGUGGACAGAGGGUCUCUGACAACAUUAAGAAAGAAACUCCGUUCCUUGAGGUUAUAACUCAUGAGUUACAAGACUUUGCUGUAGAUGAUCCACAUGAUGACAAGGAAGAGCAAGAUCUGGAUCAACAGGGAAAUGAGGAAAACCUGUUUGAUUCUUUGACAGGCCAGCCACAUCCUGAAGAUGUACUACUGUUUGCCAUUCCAAUAUGCGCCCCUUACACCACCAUGACAAACUACAAAUACAAAGUGAAACUUACUCCUGGAGUGCAGAAAAAGGGAAAAGCUGCAAAAACAGCCUUGAAUAGUUUCAUGCAUUCCAAAGAAGCAACAGCAAGAGAAAAAGACUUAUUCCGCAGUGUAAAGGUAAAGUUCUCCUUCAGAAAAGGAAUGUGGAGACUGACAGUACAAUUUAAACUGUUAGCAGUUUUUUGUUAUUUUAGUAGAAAAUGCUGUCUUAUUAGAAGCAGUAAAACCAUUUCAUCUAAAAGUUUGGAAAUGUUUUUCUUUUUUGUCAUAAAAGAAACAUGAUUGACCAUACAGGAUGUGAAGAUAUUCAGCAAUUUUCUUUUUUUAGGACACAGAUUUAUCAAGAAACAUUCCUGGCAAAGUGAAAGUGUCUGCACCCAAUCUUCUGAAUGUAAAAAGGAAAUAGCUGAAAUGAAAUUCUAAAAUAUUUGAGAAGAACCAAUUUUAUAGCCUUUUGGAAGUUCAAAGAUGAAAGCACCACGUAUCAGGACUUCCACAUUAUAAAAAUGAACUAAACAUUGCCUUGCUAUAUUCACCAAAAGGACUUAAUUCUUGUUUUUUUCCCAGUUUUAUAUAGAGGAAACACUGUCUAUGAUAGGAUUUCCUAAAGUAUUUGUGGACAGUUAAAUGCUAAUUAUAUACAUCUGUAGUUAUUCUACAUUUUCUUGAAAUUUGGGAGGUUAAUACCAAGUAUUCUUUUCAUGAUGUAAAGAAACUGAACAGUGAAGUGGCUUGACUGCUUAAACUAUUGGCUUGGUAAGUCUACUGUAUAUAACAUCUAAAUAUAUAAUACAGGCCAGCCACAAGGGGUUUAAAUAUUUAGGAUUGUGUCUUGAAAACUAAGUAUUGGAGUAGAUUUUCUUCUGCUUUCAUCGAUACUUGUCAAAAAAUAUAUUAGACCAAAAUGUAAAAUAUAAGUAAUAAUUCUCAUGACUCAGCUUAAUAACUCCUAGAAGAAAUUGGUGUUAAUCAUUUCUAUUCAUUUGUAGACCUUCAGGUUUGAUCUUAAUUUUUUUCCUUGUAGUCUGAUUCAGUUCUGUACCAUUUUAAUUUCCACCUUUAGUAAGUAAUUACCAAUACAGCAUGUUACAGAGUAUCUUAACCUAUAAUACCAGAAGUGCAUUUUAGGCUUACCACUAAAGACUCUGACCCACUUUUCCUCUGUCUCUUAACAGAAUGGAAAAUGAAGUCAUCAUUAUUUCCAUUCCUUCAUGAGCUAUAAAACUUAUUAAUUAAUUAAAAAAAGACUUUUUAAUUGACUGGACAACACUUGCCUGUAUUCAGCAUGACCACUUGCUCCAGCCCCUACACUGAAGCAUUAAGGUCAAAGUACUAAACAGUUGUUGAUCCCUCCACACUUUGUUUUCCCAGCUUCGUCAUAAUGUGAAUAUUAAUGUUUAAAAAAAAAAAAAAAAAAAACCUUUAUUAUAUUAACACUAGGUUACAUAACUAUAGACUACUCUUGCCAUUAAAAAAAAAAAUCUGUAAUGUUUUUAAAAUAACUAUAGACUACUCUUGCCAUUAAAAAAAAAAAUCUAUAAUGUUUUUAAAAAAUGACUUUCAGCAUUUUGAUGAUGGUAAGACUAUAAUGUUUCUACAGAUAUAUAUCCUGAAGUUACCGAAAAGGAAACGUAGCAGCCAUUCUUCAGGGUAAAAAGCUCAACCAUUACUUUUCUUUUACUUUAAUAGAGGACAGCUACUGGUGUUAAAUACAUUUAUUGUAAACUUUAGACACAAAAAUAGGUUCUCUAGGCCAUUCACAUGCACAUUAAAACCAACAGGUGCAAACUACAACAAUGCAUAUAAUUAUACAAAUGAUGCCACUCUGUGAUGUUUACAGGAUUGCUGUCCAUGCAAGGUGAUCAUAGGCAUUAUUUAUGAAGCCUUAAGAUCCAGAAGUGUUGUUACUACCAAACCUCUGAUUAACACUGUGAAGUAAGUGUUUUGGAAGGCAGUUCCAUGAGUUGGCUAACAUUUCUUUAAAGCAAAUGACUGCUUCUAAGCUUAGCCUGAAAGUGGACAAGGAAAGAGAAAAGUAAUUUCAGUUUACUGUUUGGAAGUACAUUCACUUGAAAAACUACAUAAAACAUCCCUCUUUCUUUCUUCAAAGAUUUUCUUAGGAACUGGUUAAAGCAAUGAAGUUUUAUUGCCCUUAAAUAAUCCAUAAACCUAGUUUUUUGAGAGUGCUAAGUCUUAGGAAACACAAUUUUAAAUAAUCUAAGUGCCAAGUACAAAGUUACUUACCGUACAAGAGAUUUUGGUUGAACUGAAAAUAUUAGUAUUUCAUUACUGUGUGCCUGAAAAAUAAAUAGGAAGAACACAUUUAAAAGCAAAUGCUUUGCAAGUAAGUUUCAGUAAUAAUAUGAAGGUAGUAUACUUACAGCUCUGUGAUGGACAAGCAAGUUGUUGGCACAUCCACCAAAAACAAUCACUUCUCCUUCAUCGCUGGCACAAGCUGUGUGCCAUAACCUGCAUUUAAAACAAAAACUUGAGUUUGAAGUCACCCAGAACACCAGUUGGCCAUUUUAUACUACCACACAGAGCUAUGAAAUAAACACUAGCGCUCUUAAGGUAGUUCAGACCAAAACAUCAUGGCGAGAAGUAAAAUCUUAAAGGAAAGUAGCAAAAGCAGAUCAUUCAAUAUCUAUUUUAUCUGGAUAUUAUUUUCUCUCUCUGAUCGUUCUCAUUUAUGCAAUGAGGAGUUUGAACUGAACGAUCUGUUCUCUAGGUCUUUGUUAACAAUAAAAAUCGUAUGGGAGCUGAGUGGUAUAUGCCUUCUUCUUCCAUAGGUAGGGCCAACUGGCCUUACACAGAACAUCUGAGGGAUGGUGAAAGCCCUGCUUGAGUAAACUAUAAAGUCUCAGAAAGCCUGGUAGUUUUAUGGAGAGAUCAUUUGUGCAAACUGAAGUCUUACUGGCAUGACUAUACUUGGUUUAGAGGCUUGGGGAAAAAAUGCAGGCUUUGAACAUGAAUUUUGACUGUAUCAUUUCCUUUAGCAUUUUGUUUUGAGAUUAACGAGAAAAUUAUCGGUGUUUAAUAACUUCUUUUUUUUGGAUGAUUUGAUUUCUUCAUCUUUGUUAUACAGUGCUACUGCAAAUCUAAUUGACAGUUCUUGUUUUUUCCCCAUGUAUUUUUUUUUUUUUUUCUAAGAGACAGAGUCUUGCUCUGUCACCCAGGCUGGAGUGCAGUGGUGCAAUCUCAGCUCACUACAUCCUCUGCCUCCUGAAUAGCUGGGACUACAGGCAUACGCUACCACACCUAGCUAAUUUUUCUAUUAUUUGUAGAGAUGGGGUUUUGCCAAGUUGCCCAAGCUGGUCUUGAACUCCUGGGUUAAAGCACUCUGCCUGCCUCAGCCUCCAAAAGUGCUGGGAUUACAGCUGUAAUCCUGUAAUACCACUGCACCUCACCUCCCAUGUGAUUAAGGUUUAAACAUUUUACCCAUUCCAGCACCUCUACCCUUUUUUUUUUUGGAGACAGAGUUUCACUCUUGUUGCCCAAGCUGGAGUGCAAUGGCACGAUCUCAGCUCACUGCAACCUCUGCCUUCCUGGUUCAGGCAAUUCUCCUGCCUCAGCCUCUCAAGUAGCUGGGAUUACAGGCAUACGCCACCACGCCCAGCUAAUUUUGUAUUUUUACUACAGACGGGGUUUCACCAUGUUGGCCAGGCUGAACUCCUGACCUCAGGUGAUCCACCUGCCUCAGCCUCCCAAAGUGCUGGGAAUACCGGCAUGAGCCACCACGCCUGGCCGACCCUCAUUUUUAAUAAACUUAGAUGCAGUUCAGCUCAUUGAAGUGAAAAGCUUGAUUGUAUAUUUUAACUAUGUGUCAGUUUUAUAAUGGAAGGAAGAAGCCAAAAUAAAAAUCCAGCCCUAUUCUUCAUACACAGAUGAUGGAAAGGAGAUCAUUCGAUACUAGGAUAACAUUGGUUUUCUUUUCUUUGAGAAGUAAUUCAAACCUUAGUGAAUGCUGAGAUUUUUAUAAAUAAGAAUGCUGGAUAUAAUGCAGCCAAAACCUCAAUUCUUAUGUCUUAUGCAUAUUCAGUACAUGAAUUGCCUUUAAAUACCUUGGUUUUUCAGUAUAUGGAUGAUUAAAUUGUAUCCAUUCAUUUUUACUGAUGCAGUAAGUCCAGGCAUCACCUGAGUCAAGCAAAGAAAUGAAGUAUGUUAGUCUGUCAAUAUGCCAUUGACAUUUAAAGGGCACAGCUUUGGCAAGAAAGGUAAUAGAUCAUGAGCAGAUACAGAGAGUAUAUUUUCUUUUUUUUUUUUCCCCUGCAAUUAGCCAAGUAAGCCCUUUGCAUGUUAUAGCUCUUCAGCAGGGCUCUUAAGUGCUCCAGGUUCUUUAUUGAACAGAAGUAUGCCAUAUAGUACAAUUACAGCUAUGUUACAGGAUGAAAAUUAAUUUCAAACCUUCCAACCAACCCUAUAAGCCGUCUCAUCAGUCUCUCUAAUAGACUCAUUUUCAGCUAUUAGAUAUGGACGAUAUAUGAUGAUUUCAUUAUCAUAUUUUUCAAGGACUUACUUAGUGGCUGUUUAUCAGUGGUAAAUCCUCCAAAGAGAAAAAGAUGAUCUGAAGAAACUGGUGUUAGUGAGUGCCAAGAUCGACCAACUGGGCAUAUGCCUUGUGGAAUUCUGAAAAUAAUAGCUAAGUUACAAUAUCUGCAUUUAGAAGCAGCUACUGUAUUUUUAAGUUUUCUUUUAAAAUUUAUAUGUACAUGUUAUGAAAAAAGAGACCUUAAGUUUAAAAAGGCUUCUUGGUAUAAACUACAUGCUUUAUACUGAAAUAUUUUCUUUGAAGUUAGGAUCAACUUCAGACCUUUUCUUUUCAACAAACACUGAGCACAUGCUGGAAACACAAAAAUAAAAUUCAUUCCUUAAGGACCUAGUAAUUAUGUUUAUUUAAUUUCAUAGUUAAAGAAAAG